AUGCCUCUGAUCAGCCUGGACGAUGAGGAUCAGCGAUGGGUCCCGACCCACGUCAACGUGACCGUCCUUCGGGCCAGGGCGCUGCGGACCAAGGGCAAGCAGGGCAGCCGCUAUGUAUACACCAUUAUCCAGCUGGGAAAGCUGAAGUACACGACGGGACUGGCAGAGAAAGCGGCCGAGCCCGAGUGGAAUGAGGAGUGUUCACUGGAGCUGCAGCCCGGCCUGCUGGAGUGUGUGGGGGCGCAUCCGCCCGGCAGCGGGGAUCUGAUCCUCACCGUCAUGCACCGGGUGCUGAUCGGACUCGACGUGUUCCUCGGUGAGGCCGUUGUGCCUUUGGAUAAGGUGUUUCAGGGAGGGACGUGUCCUAGGAACGAGUGGCUAAAGUUGCACUCUAAAGCUGGGAGGAAGGAGAAGGAGCGAGGAGAGCUGCAGCUCACCAUCCAGUUCACUCGUAAUAACAUGACGGCCAGCAUGUAUGAUCUGACCAUCCAGGACAAGCCUCGCUCAGCCUUUGGCAAGUUGAAGGACCGUGUCACAGGCAAGAAAAGAGGAGACGUAGAGUCCUCCUCAGCCAUCCUCCCCGGCCGCUAUGCCGCUCUGUCAAGCUCAACGAGUCAGCCUUUCCAGGAGGAUGGUGGGAGGGAGGACCUGGUACAGGAGGAGUGUACUGAUGAAGGCAAGAGCAAGGUGAAGGGCUUCUUUCUGAAGGGGAAGUUGCGAAAGAACUCAGACACGCGUUCCUGUUCAUCGUUGGCCUCAGAGAGCAGCAUGGCGUCAUCAGCAGGGGAUCCUUUUGUUCCCAUAGAACUAUGCAGCACACCUGUCUACAGCAGCAAAGUCGUGGAGCCUUUCCGGCCUGACUCAGACAGCGGAGUAAAGGGUAGGACACCUUGAGAACAAAUUAAUAAGUUGUUAGCUUUUUUAAAAUUGAUAACAGAGAGGGGUGAGCAGUGUAGUUUGGUGACAGGUCAAGUUUUUUCAGUGCUGUUAAUUUGGGGGGCAACAUUAUUUUGUAGAUGCAGUGGGGCAGCCCCAAGUAGCCUAGGUAGUAACAGUCUAGGCAGUAACAGGCUACAAUUAUCCGGUAACUAAAAAACAUCAAAUAUUCUAUUUCCAUCCCAUCCAUCCAUUUUCUGUAUUGCAUAUCCUACACAGGGUCCUGGGAAGCCUGGAGUCUAUCCCAGGGAACUCAGGGCAAAGGGCGGAGGACACCCUGGACAGGGUGCCAACCCAUUGCAGGGCACACUC